ACUUGCCAGAACUCUAGAAUCUCUUAUAGUCAGAACAUUCAAGGAAGAAAGAACAUAUUCACCACUCUCAGGUGAAUGUAAAGCUUUGGAAGAAGGAACACACAAUGUGUCCUUUACCAGAUGCCAAUGUACCAGAAAAAGGCAGUGCCACUCUGCAAAAUGUACAACACGAUGGACAGCUCCCACCAAAUAAGGGAUUCUGCUCAUUGAGAUAUAUCCAGGCAACCAUCUUAUUCUUCUGUUCUACCAUAACUUUUUCCCAAGCAACAAGUCUGGCCAUUGCCAUCAUACCCAUGGUGAAUAACACAGGCCAACAUAAUCAGUCCUCUGUUUCUUAUGAGAGUCAUCCAGAGGAUCCAGGGGUUCCUGUCUAUAAUUGGGAUCCAGAAAUCCAGGGGAUCAUCCUCAGUUCUUUUUCCUAUGGUUCUAUUUUAACAUUAAUCCCAAGUGGAUAUUUAGUUGGAAAGCUUGGAGCAAGAAAAACCUUAGGGUGUUCAUUGAUAAUGACCUCCCUUUUGACUGUUUUAACACCACUAUCAGCAUCUCAGGGAGAGAUUUGGAUCAUUCUGACUCGAGUGAUACAGGGCAUCUUCCAGGGUGCUAUAUAUCCAUCUUUCCCCACUUUUUUGUUAAAAUGGGCUCCUCCCAAAGAACGUAGCCGAUUAUUCGGAAUUGUUUCUUCUGGUCUUCUGGUUGCUAAUAUAUUUAGCUUCUCUGUGGGUGGACUCAUCUCUUACUCCCUAACCUGGCCAUAUAUCUUCUAUAUCUUUGGAAUUAUUGGCUUUGUAUGUGAUGCUUUGGUCUUUUUACUUGUUUAUGAUAAUCCAAUGAUUCACCCAUAUAUAAGUGAAAGUGAAAAGGAAUACAUCAUUUCAUCAUUACCCAAAGAGGAUACCCCUAUUGGUUGGUCUAUUCCUUUAAAGGCUAUGGCAAGAUCACUACCACUCUGGGCCAUUUUUAUAACUUCAUUUUGUUCAUCAUAUUUUAUUACCAGCAUGAUAUUGUCACUGCCAAUCCUGAUCGACAAUAUAUUUGAUUCUGACAUCAUAAAUAAUGGGUUUCUGAGUACACUUCCUUCUCUUGCUGCACUGAUCUUUCUUAAUAUAGGAAGCCCAAUAGCAGAUUUUAUAACUUCCAGGAAUAUCCUCAGUCCAGUGAUAUUUCGAAAAACAUUAACAUUUCUAGGGAUGCUACCAGGAUCAACAUUAUUCAUUGCUGUGCCAUAUGUCAGCAAAUACAUAGGUAUUAGCUUUAUCACAUUUUCUUUUGGAAUGUGUAUCCUGAAUCAUGUUUCAUUGCAAGUCAAUCUGGUAGAAGUUGCUUCCAGGUACAGUAGUUUUCUCUCAGGAAUUUCACAGUUUUUUGGAACAACAGCUGGAGCCAUUGUGCCAGGAAUUACUGGAUUUUUCAUUAAUCAGGACCCAAUAAAUGGCUGGAAGAAUGUAUUCUUUAUAUCAGCUGCCAUUAUGUUCUCAGGAAUGAUCAUCUUCUUAAUUUUUGGCCAUGCAGAAAUCCAGGACUGGGCUAAAGCGAGAAACACCAGAGUCACUCAAUUUUGAGGUUUCCCAGUUGAUGAAGUAGGAUCUGAUCCUGUCAAGCAGAUCCCUAUUGACAUUCACUUCUUUUCAGGAUCCAAUUAAGAAAAUUAAUAAUUUCAAAAUAGUAGAAGGAUAUCAAAGAAACAUACAAAGAAAUAACACUGUAUUUCUAUGUAGUAAUAACAAAAUCUAGGAGUAGAUAAUUGAAAGGGAAAUUUCAUUUGAGAUAAUUUCAAAAUGCUUAAAAUAUUUUGCUAGUCAAUCUACCAAGGUAAACUUAAGACAAAUAAAUGAUAACAUCCAUUAAAAAUAAAGAAUGAAAUAAAGUACAGGAAUAUUCAUCACUUAUGGUUGGAUUACCCCAAUGUAAUUAAAAUGAGAAUACUCCCUAAGUUAAUUUUCAGACUUCAUGUUCUAUGAAUAUUAAACAUGCUUCACAUGUUCC